CCUCGCCGCCAGUUUAACCCCGCCAUCGAUCAAGCCAGCCGCAGACAUGCCAGCCAAACCCAAGAUCAGCUCCAAGGCCAAGGAAGCUGAGAGCAAGAACAAACAAGCACAGCCUACUGCCCAGGCUCAGGAACCCCCAAAGACGAUCAACGAACGCUCCACUCAACGUUAUUACCAGACGAACCCGCACGAGCGGAAACGAGAGGCAGCCGGUGGCCUGCACAACCUUACACUUGCCGAACGACAGUCGUGGGUCAACGCAACUCUGGUGCGCCACGUAGCGAACAAGGAGAUCUACCUCACCAACAAGGCCGAGCGCGAGUUCUGGAAGCAGGUCAACCGUGAGAGCCCGCCGAUCCGCCGCCUCGACAGACGCAAGACAGAAAAGGGUGCCGCCGUCGUCUACGACUGGGGCAACGACAAGAACGGCCGCGACAUUGGCGAGUACCCGCUCGAGCAGUUUGCCGCCCGAGCCGCCAAGCAGGCACAGCUCACGGCGCUCGAAAUUUUGCACCGGCGUUUUCUCCAGCGGAGGGAGUUUGCGCGGGACAGCGUGAAGGACGCGACGACAGGGGAGAUCGCGCAGAUCACCAAGGAGGACAUCCAGGAGGAGACACAGAGACGACGGGACAUGUCGGCAAUCAGGAAGGAUCUCUACGGGGACAAGAUGGGCCCCUACGCGACGGACCCGGAGUGGGAUGACGUGGUACCCAUCCCUGCCGAGGAGCCCACCGGCGCGCUGGCCACGAUCGCUUACCCAGAGGACUACGCUGAGGUCAUGAGCUACCUCCGUGCCGUCAUGGUGGCCGAGGAAUACAGCCCGCGGUGCCUCCGGCUAACGGAGCACGUCAUCUCCAUGAACCCGGCGCACUACACGGUCUGGCUGUACCGCUUCAAGAUCGUCGAAGCCCUCGGCAUACCCCUCGUCGAUGAGAUCGAGUGGCUCAAUGCCGUCUCACUCGAGCACAUCAAGAACUACCAGAUCUGGCACCAUCGCCAGCUCCUCCUGGACCACUACUAUGAGGGCAUCAAGGCGACGCCGGACGAUGUCAAGCGCUUUGGACGGUCCGAGAUCGAGUUCCUAGAGCGCAUGCUCGCGGAAGACAGCAAGAACUACCACGUCUGGAGCUACCGGCAGUACCUGGUGCGCAAGCUGGGGUUGUGGAACUUGUCGGAGCUGCUGUCGACGCAGAACUGGAUCGAGGAGGACGUACGCAACAACUCGGCCUGGUCGCACCGCUUUUUCCACGUCUUCAACAACCCGGCCACCUCGACCGACGGUUCGCACGCGACGGAGCACGACCCCAAGGUCCCUGCUGAGAUCAUCGAUCGUGAAGUUAAGUACGCUGAGGAGAAGACACUGCUGGAGCCGCAGAACCAGGCCGCGUGGAACUACCUGCGCGGCGUGCUGGUCAAGGGCGGGCGCAAGUUCGAGUCGGCCGAGGCUUUUGCCGCGCAGUUUGCCGAGGGCGUCGGCGAGGGCGAUGAGAAGGAGAAGGUACGUAGCAGCCAUGCGCUGGAUUUCCUGGCCGAGGUGUUUGCGGAGAAGGGGCAGAAGGCCGAGGCGGCCAAGUAUCUCGACCGGCUGGCAGAGAAGUGGGAUCCUAUAAGGGCGGGGUACUGGAGGUACAGAAAGCUGCAGCUGGAGUAGUUCGGAAUGGCAAUUGCCGCGCGUUG